AGGGGAAAAAGAUCAUUAUGGCACAAAAAAUGGAUUCGCAGUUUUCAUAUACUAAUCCAGUCUAAGCAUAAACUAUCUUCUUUCUUCUUUCAUGGCAACCAAAAUCUUUAUCCUCUUAAUCUUCCUUAUCACUCUCAAUCUGCAGGCACAAGCUUGGAUCCAAGCUGCCUACUAUGAUUCAAGUUCCAACCUCCCAGUUUCCAGCGUAAAUUCUGCUCUUUUUACCCACCUUUAUUAUGGUUUUGCUGGUAUGAACAGUUCCAAUUUUCAGCUUUCCUUUCGCUUCUCUGAUGAAUCAACUGUCUCUUCCUUCACAACUACCAUUAAACGUAAGAACCCAUCAAUAAUCACAGUUUUAUCGAUCGGGCUUGCUUAUGGAAACUAUUCUAACUUUUCUUUAAUGGCCAGCCAGCCUUCUUACAGAGGGUCUUUUAUCAGGUCCUCAAUAGAGACAGCCAGGCUUUAUGGCUUUGGUGGUCUGGACCUUUCUUGGAUCUGGCCUAACACAAGCUUUGACAUGAAGAAUAUUGGAGUUCUCUUAUAUGAGUGGCGCGCGGCUAUAAAUUCUGAGCCAAGAAACUCUAGUGAGCCACGAUUACUCUUGACAAUGUCUGUUCAUUACAAGCCUAUUAUUGGUGCCAACAGUUUUCCAGUUGAAUCCAUUAAGACAAACAUAGAUUGGGCGAAUAUUAUAGCAUUCGACUAUCAUGUGCCCUUAAAGGAGAAUGUUACAGGAAACCAUGCUGCUUUAUAUGAUCCUUCAGGCCAUGUUAGUACUAAUUCUGGUAUAGAAGAAUGGUUAAGAAGAGGAUUUCUGGCAAGCAAGCUAGUUUUGGGUCUGCCUUACCAUGGUUAUGGGUGGAAACUUGUGAACAAAAAUGACUAUCCUAAUAUUGGUGAACCAGCCUCUGGCCCGGAUCCAACAGUUGAUGGUUCAAUGGGCUAUAAAUCGAUUAAAUCAUUCAUCUCCAGUUAUGGGUAUGGAGCCACUUCAACCUACAAUGCUACAUAUGUAGUGAAUUACUUCACCAUUGGGUCAAUCUGGAUCAAUUUUGAUGACGUUGAGGCCAUUAGGACUAAAAUUUCAUAUGCCAAGACGAAGCAACUACUCGGUUACAUUUCCUUUCAACUCUGUAAUGAUGAUAACUGGCAGCUUUCUCAGGCAGCUUGUGAAGUUGGUAAAGAUCAAGAAAAGAAGAAGCCAUUAUCAUUAUGGAUUAUUGUUUCAAUUCCACUUGCAAUUGUAAUCCUGCUGCUCCUACUUGGUUCUGUUUCAUACUAUGCAAGAAAAAGAGUGCUCAAAUCAAAAGGAAAAAUGGAUUCAGGCAAAGCACAAAGCUUUGAAGAAGGACUAAAUACAGCGCUAGUGAAUGAAGAUUCAGACCAGAAUGCUCCUAAUCUGCAAGUAUUUACUUUUUCUGAAAUCAAAUCAGCUACAAGAAACUUUUCAUGCGAAAAUAGGCUUGGAGAAGGUGGAUAUGGACCUGUGUACAAGGGUAAGCUUGCAAGGGGACAAGAAAUAGCGGUGAAGAGACUUUCUAAAACUUCACAUCAAGGGCUUAAGGAGUUCAAAAAUGAGGUUAAACUUACUGCAAAGUUGCAACAUAUUAAUCUAGUGAGACUUUUUGGAUUUUGCACUGAAAGGGGAGAGAAAAUGUUGAUCUAUGAGUAUAUGCCUAACAAAAGCCUUGAUCUCUACCUAUUUGACCCCAAUAGAAGAUUGACAUUGAAUUGGGAACAACGCAUACACAUCACUGAAGGUAUUGCUCAAGGGCUUCUAUACCUCCAAGAAUACUCAAAUUUUACAAUAAUUCACAGAGAUAUUAAAGCCAGCAACAUUUUGCUGGAUAAUAAGAUGAAGCCAAAGAUUUCUGAUUUUGGCAUGGCUAGAAUUGUGCAGAAGGAAUGCAAGGAAACCAAAACAGGCCAUAUUGUUGGAACAUAUGGCUAUGUACCUCCUGAAUAUGUGAGACAUGGCGUGUACUCGAUGAAGUACGAUGUUUACAGCUUUGGAGUUCUGCUUCUGCAAAUCAUAAGUGGCAAGAAGAAUAACUGUUUUUAUGGUUGGGGCGAAAAUCUUAACCUUUUGGAAUAUGCUUAUGAUUUGUGGAAAAUGGAAAAUGGCAUGGAGUUUAUGGAUGAAACACUAGACGAUUCAUUUUCACCCUGCAAACUCUUGAGAUGCCUGCAAGUAGCCCUUUUAUGUGUACAGGAAAGUCCAACAGACAGGCCAUCAAUCUUGGAAGUUUAUUCCAUGCUAAAAAAUGAAAAUGUAGCCAUUGCUUAUCCUAAAACACCUGCUUUUUCUGUCAAAAGCGCCGAAGACAAAGAAAAAAGCGUUUGUUCCAUAAAUAAUGUAUCUAUUUCUCAGAUGGUAGCCCGAUGACUUUACUUUUUAUGGGUAUUAAUUGUUAGAUCAAGAAUUAUGUUCAAUAAACAAUGUAUCUGUUACCCUAGUGUUACCCCAAUGACUUUGCCUUUUUGUGGUCAAUUAUAUAUUUUCCAGCGAAA